AUGCUUGCCAGUCGCACCAUAAUGUCAACAGAGGACUUCCCCGACGAGUACAACAUUCCGAAAGUAGGAUGGAGGGUGAAGAUGGACCAUGUGUUUGAGGAGAAGAGAAACCAAAACUUGAGACCGAGGUGGCACCAAAUUUAUCAGCUCCUACCCCUUGCCUUCAGAUAUGUGUUCUAUCACAUGUAUAGUGCGUUCCACGCCCGCCAGCCUAUCAUGAACUACAUAAAAAUGGAGACUGGGAAGCAAAUUUAUGGUGCUCCUAUUGGAGGCAUUGGAGGAGGAACAAUUGGACGUGGUUUUCGAGGCGAAUUUUGUCGAUUCCAAUUGAGAGCUGGACGAUAUGAAUAUAACACUGUGCCUGCUGAUAAUUUUAUUGUAACAAUCCAGAACAGUCAGAAAAAGACAGUAUAUCAGAAAGUCCUUAGUGUUUAUCCAAAACCAAAGAAACAGUUGUCAGCAUGGGAAUGGGAUUUUGAUGGAUCACAAGCGGAGUACACAGCCCUCUACCCUCGUGCAUGGAGUGUGUUCCGUAUCCCUGAUUAUGCAGUAACUUUAGUGUGUAGGCAGGUGUCACCAGUCAUACCAAAUAACUAUAAGGACUCAACAUUGCCUGGUGCUGUGUUUGUUUGGACUGUUCAUAAUGAAGGCACAGAAAUGCUGCAUGUUAGCAUAACUUUUACCUUUAAAAAUGGUUGCGGAAAGGAUGAUAAAGAACCAAAUUGCAUGAGCACAACCUUAGACCAUAGAGCGGAAAAUGGAGCUCAAGCUACAGGUGUCCAGAUUGCCCACCAAAUGGAUGGCGUCGACUAUACAUAUGGCCUUGCAGUGAAGAAAAAGGAGAAUGUAUCUAUUACAAAGAUGCUACGCUUUGAUCCAGCUGGGUCUGGAGCAGACAUUUGGGAUCGGUUACAAGAGGAAGGGGAAUUGUGGCAGGACCCAGAGGCUAGCAAACCAACCGUGUCUGGAGAGCAGCUUGGAGUGGCAGUUUGCAGUCGUUUGACUGUACCAGCUGGGUCAUCCUUGGAUACAGAGAUGGCUUUGGUGUGGCACAUGCCUAAAGUGCGAUUUACAGGAAAUACUUGGCAUACAAGAUAUUACACGACCCAGGACUUCACCACAUCAGCUGUGCCUGGCACGAAAGAAGGCGCACAGCAAACCUCAGCAUCAGUGUUGUGUGCCUAUGCCUUGGACAAUUUUGGCCGCUGGGAGGAAGCUAUUGACGAAUGGCAGCAACCUGUUUUAGAGGACAGUGAUCUGCCAGAAUGGUAUUGCAGUGCACUAUUCAAUGAGUUGUAUUUUGUUGCUGAUGGAGGCACAGUGUGGUUGGUUUGUGAUGAUAAGAACAUCGACCCUAUCCAUGAUCCUAGAAAUGAGUUUGGUAGAUUUGCCUAUCUGGAAGGACAUGAAUACAGGAUGUAUAACACCUAUGAUGUACAUUUUUAUGCCUCUUUCGCACUUGCCAUGCUGUGGCCAAAACUACAGGAAGUUUUACAAUACGACAUAAGAGACACACUGGAGCAGGAAAACAAGACUCAAAGGUGGCAUUUGUAUGAUGGCAAAAGUCAAGAUCGUAAAGUUAAGAACACAGUUCCUCACGAUCUUGGUGACCCAGAAGAGGAUCCAUUCAUCCUUAUCAAUGCAUAUCCUAUCCACGAUGUCUCUGAAUGGCGAGAUUUGAAUCUCAAGUAUGUACUUCAAGUUUGGCGAGACUUCUCAUUAAUGAAGAAUGAAAGAUAUCUUGCUGAUAUGUGGGCAAGCUGCAAAAAGGUAAUGGACACCUCAGAAACUUGGGACCGAGACGGUGAUGGAUUGAUUGAAAACAUUGGAUCUGCAGACCAAACAUAUGACACCUGGGUCAUGGAAGGACCAAGUGCUUACUGUGGAGGUUUGUGGUUGGCAGCUCUUUACUGCAUGCACAAAAUGGCAGUUCACUUUGCAGACACAGAUGCCAUUGAUAAAUACGCUGCACUUUUAGAGAGAGGAAAAGCCUCCUUUGAGGAAAAGCUAUGGAAUGGUCAGUACUACAACUUUGAUAGCUCCCAAUCUGCCCAUUCCAAGUCUGUCAUGUCGGAUCAGCUAUGUGGACAGUGGUAUUUGAGAGCAUGUGGUGUUACAGAUGAAGUGUUUCCUGCUGAAAAUGUCAAGUCUGCUCUGAAAACAAUAUUCCGCUUGAAUGUGAUGGGCUUCUGUGAAGGGAGGAUGGGAGCAGUAAAUGGGAUGUUGCCAUCAGGCCAGGUUGACACAACGACAAUCCAAAGUGAGGAAGUGUGGACUGGGGUCGUGUAUGGCUUAUGUGCACUGAUGAUACAUGAGAAUAUGGAGGAAGAAGCAUUUCUUACAGCAGGUGGCAUGUUCAAUACUGUCUACAACCGCAUAGGUCUUGGCUUUGAAACACCAGAGGCAUUAUAUGAGAAGAAUCAUUACCGCUCCAUUGGUUACAUGAGACCCCUUGCUAUAUGGGCAAUGCAACUUGCUUGGCAACAGCGAAAGAAACAUCGAUUGCCGUCUCACAAACACUAUGCUGAGGUGUAGGCAGACAACAUCAGAAAAUGUACAAGAUUCUCUUUUUUUUUCUUUUUUGAAUUAACUUUGAUUCUAUCAAAUGGAUUCAAGAAACACAAAUUUUGAUUGCAUUUAAUGUUAUAAUUAUGAGGACUUUAAUGGUUUGUUUCUAACAUGUGAAAAGUAUCUCACAAAACUGAUGGUAUCACAUGAAGUUGAUGGGUAGUUGGUGUAGUUGCGUUUCACAUUAUCCGAUUAAUGUGAGAAGAUGAUUCUCAAUGACCGCUUGUGCUGGAAAAGAAAUUUUACAAAAUCAAUUAUUAUGUUCAUUUUCAGAACUUCAAAAAAUAAGCAGAGAAAAUGACUUACCUAGUUGGCUGUUGUUUCGGACAACUAUAGUGUAAGCUGUAUCUCCAGAUUCGUUUGAUACUGUGAAAUCUGCUCCUCGAAGCAGAAGUUCAUUUACACAGUGCGGAUGAUCACCAUGAGCUGCAUACAUCAGGGCAGUAUUUCCAACCUAGAACAGUCAUCCAGGUGUACAUUAGAAUACACUUCCUGUGCAUUUUAUUAUUAUUAUUAAUAUCCUUAAUCAUGGCCUCAAUUGAGAUGCUACUUUUAAUGUGUCUGUGUCCUACAUACAAAUUCAAGUAUGGACACAAAUGAAGAUAGUCAGUUAUGUGUGUUUUAUGGCUGUUUAUAUCAGACUGUCUUAAUGGCUUAAUUCAUUCUUUUUACCCUUACUUUGAUCCAACUUAAGCCCCUCUAAACCUGUGUUCUUUAUCACUUAUUACAAAUACUACUUUGUGGUUUGAAGUCAUUGUUUAAAUAAUUAUUAUUGUCAUCUACUCUUAAUUGUCAAGACCAAAUCAAUUCUUUCUACCCUCAACGUUACAUGUGUGUUUUGUCGAUUGUGUGUUGUAGUUUCAAUGACCUCUCUUGUGCUAAAAUAAUACGUAGAUUGGUGACCGCUGUCUGUUUGCAUGCAAAGAAAAUUGUGUGUUUAUUACUUUCUAUUGUGUCAAAGUAUUUACUUAAGUAUUUGUGCAUUUAUGACUGAAGUCUAUGAAUGAUGAUAUCAGAGUUGGUUGUCUUACAAAUCAAUAACUGCAGUGCUGCUGGUCAGUACUGAGUUGAAAUUUAAGUAUGAUUAGGUUCAAGUACUGUGUACGUAAUCAAGUCUUAUUCAUUAUUAUCCAUGUCAAAGAUGUAGCUUGAAGUUAACAUCUACUUUCCCGUCCUAAAUUCUUAUUGUUUCUUUCCUGUUGAUCUAAGGGAAAAGAGUGCUUCUUUUAUGUUGUUCUGGAAAAUCAUUUUGAAGUCUAGUUUUGUGUCACUUUUUACUGUAUGAAAUGGAUCUUAUGAAUUGAUAUUGAUAUCCACAUAAUCAAUUCCUCCAGCAGUGCUAUUAUUGCUGACAGAAUGUUCUUGCAUGGAACCUAAUUUAAAUUUUGUUUUUUUAAUUGUGUACUUCAUUUUACACUUGUCCAUGUAUUAUGGUUCUUUUUUCCAAUGAUAUCCAUAUUUUUUGUGAGAUUUUGUCGUAGUUUUCUAUAGCAUGUCCAUAGCACAUUCUUAAUAUUAUUGAACAAGCUUUCAAACAGGCAUGGCAAAUUCACACUCAAUUAUCAUUUUGAAAUGGAGUUUUGUGUUUUGCUGGUUGUUACAUAAUUACCCUGGCAGUUGAGUUGCUCAAAUUAUUUAUUAUACAUUCCACAAACUUUCAUUUGGGAAAGGUGCUAAUUCAAAGUGUACAAUGUCAAUUAUUUGUUUGUGCAUUACUCAACCUGCUAAACAUUCUUUUCCCAUUCCAUCCAAAGUGAAAAUCAUCACAUAGACCAACUUAUCUGUGAUUCUUGAGCAUUUUUCCUCUCAUCUGUUUUGAAACUACAGCUUUGUUUUGCCAUGAUUUUUUUGUCACUCUCAUUGUAUGCAUUUAACACUCUAUAUGGGCCUAAUGGCAAGGUUUUCAUCAACCACUUCAAUUGAAUUUCUUCUCAUUCUCUACUGAGAACUAUGCAUGGCUCUACAUUUAUUUGAUUUGAUUUAUGAUAAGUUUGUUCAUGGGCAAGGAUUUUGUGGUUGUUGCAUUUUGUUUCCAAAGUAAUUUUAUGUCUUUGUGAUAUGUAGUUGUUUUUGCCAAAUAAUUUAUUACUGUAUUGUGGAAAUUAUUCUAGAUUGUUUGUUACCUGAUUGACCUGAUUUUCAGAAAUUUUAAUUAGGAUGUGUCUCUUUGUUACUUUUAAUUAGUUGCAGAUCUAAAUCUGAAGAAUAAUCUUGUUGAUACUCAUAUUCAACUAUAAAUGUUCAUUGGAGAAAGGUUUUCAUCUGAUAACUUGAUUUUAUUGAUUAACAAACUAUGUGGACUGUAGUAGAAAAUUUUUUCAGCUACUGGUACCUGGAGUCUCACUUCUGUAGAAGUGUUAUCUAAGUAAAUUAUAAAGCUUGAGUUGGUCUUUUAAGUCCAGCUUCACUUUCAUUUCAUUUCCUCCUUAAAUGUUGAAAGCUCUCUGCUAAUCUCCGCAAGGCAUAUUUCAGGUACUUUUCUCCAACUUCUCCCCACUCCUCCAUGAUGCAAAAUAUUGAACCACUGCCAUUGUGAAGUCUGCUAAAUCUUGUGAAGAACAAAGCAGGCCUUCAAAUUACUCUAUUUAUAUUUUAAAUGAAAUCGGUGCUGAAUUUUUCUUUGACGCAUAUCUUUUUGUCAUUGUGCACUCAAUCUUAUUCACUACAGUACUUUCUUUUCAUGUUAUUUUCUGUUUGAGACAAUCUGUAAAAUGUAAAUGAUGUAUUUAUUUAAAUAAUAAUAAUAAUAAUGGAAUGUACUAUCUGAUAUAAAAAGAGUCCCCUAUAUUUGUUAUGAGUAUGAAAUAGAUGCAUAUUAUUGACCCAUUUUGAUUGUCCGUCCCUGAGUGAAAUAUUAGAAGGUUAAGUAUUGAACUAGGUGGUGCAUGAGAUGAGCUCUAAUUCUAUUAGAAUAAUUUUGAAACUGUUACAAUAUGUCAAUAAUUUUAAGAGUGUACGGCUCUAAAGUUGUUGUUAGAUUGAGCCUAGUGUGUUUGAUGGCCAUGUGUGUUGACGUUUUAUAAUUUGAUGUUAUCAUGUUUAAACUGUUCAUAGCAACUGUCUUUUAAUUUUAUUAACACUAUGCUUCACAGUUAAA